AUGGCAGAGUCGAAUGAGGCCCUCCCUGAUGCUCUCUCCAGCAGCGGCAUAAACGAAAUUGAUGGAGAGACUACUUAUCUCUCUUUUAUGGAGGCUGAGGGCAGCGAAAGCAGCGCUAUCGAUUCAUACUCCGAAUUUGAGCCUGAAGUCGAAGAUGAUUCUGACGAGGUUGACGAUCAAUCCCCCCCAAGUGCGAAGGUAGACGAAGAAUUCAUUGUCCUAGGGGUAAGAUUUCUGCCGUUCGCGAGAAGGACCAUUCACGUGCUAAAUAAGCUGAUAGAGGAAAAGAAAGCUUUCUGAUGCGAGCCGUCUUCAACAACGAAAGAAGUCUUGCCGGUGGAAGAAGCCACCCACCAAAAACCAGAGCAAGGGGAGAACAAUCCGCUAUAGAGAGGUAUAUGAUAAUACUAUUGCUGGACACAAGAAGACCAUUGUUCAGUAUCCUGCCAAUAAGGGCCGAUGGUAUAUAAUUCAUUGCGAGGAACACGGGCUUGAAUUUGGAGGUAGCAAUCCACUCAUGGAUGCCGCAUUUCACUUGGGCAGUCUCCAGCACGAUAAAUACUCAAAAGCCUAUAAGGAUGUUAUCGAUCAGAUGGGUAUACGAGUCAAGUACUGUACGGCGAGCCGUGCAAAGCAGAACAAUGACGCUUUUACGAAAGAAGGUGUUGAGAAGAACUCGCCAACGUCGAUGGAUCGGACCACAGGUAGCAAAGACGAAGAUUUAAGGGGGAGGCAGGCUUUUGGAACUCGAAAGGCGGCCUUGAUGAGCGAUAAAACUGAAACAUCUCGGAGUAGUCGGGAUACGAAAGACCCCGUCUACGACGACAUAGGGUCUAAAACGUCAAAGUACGACGAUACUAAUGAAGGAAACGAAAGAUUGUAUGUACGUCGUCAACCUGGCGACAUAUGCCUCGUCUAUCUUGGGGGGGGAGUAUAUCCCAGUUCUCGUCCUUCCUUUUGAGAAUAUGCUGGAAAUCGGAAUCAACGGCGACCUCAAGACGCUGAACCUGGUCCAGUUUAUGCCUGGCUGCUGCACCUAUGAACUGGCCACGGGAAAAUACAGGUGGAAAAAAGGGUAUGAGGACGGUGGAGCGUUCGAAUCGUCUCGAGCACAUCCUGGUCUAUGA